AUGCCUCCACCUCCAAUCCCCCAAUUUCUCCUCCCACGAGGUCUACCAUCUACGCGUGUCCUACGGACCCUGCACCAACGCCAGCAACAGGGGAUCCUCAAUACACCCAGCUCGCGCGCCUUCACCUCCACUCGACACACCUUCGCCAAAUCCAAGAACCAGGAACAUGACAAGAGCCGCACCCUCGGCCAGCCCGACAAAUUCCGCCCGCCAUCGCAUCCCCAGCGCCGCGUUGUGAAUCCCUCCUCGCGCUCCGGCCAACCCAUCAACUACGGACCCCGACUCACAGCCGAAGAGCGCGAGGCCCAGAACAAAAAACAGUACCCGAACAUGUUCCCGCCGGAGGGGACGGUGAUGUUCAAGUUCCUGACGAACCGGUGGAUUCAUAUCUGGAUUGCCAUGGGCACCCUCACAGCCCUAGCGACUUUCACCUUCACCACCAACUUCAAGGCAAACUCGCCCUUCGCGCACCUCCUCCCGCCCUGGUCCAACCUGCUACCCCACCCGAUCGAUACGCUCUCGCAGGCGUUCUCGGUGUACCGCAUGCAUGUGCAGCAUGAGUCGAUGCGCGUUCGCGAACAGCGGCAUCGCCGCAUUGACGAUGCGGAGAAGAGGCGCCAGUAUCGGGUGGCGCAUGGGUUGGAGGAGCCAACUGAGAAAGACGGUGAGGGUGCGUUGAAAGAUGAUCAGUCGCCUAUUGCUACAGAGAAGAGCUCGGCGGAGUAUGUUGAUUGGGAGGGAAAUAAGAAGCCUGCCAAGAAGUGGUUGGGGAUUUGGUGA